GUCAAGAUUUACCGGUAUAGAUUUUUGAACAAACAGAAAAACUUGGUACUGAUGGACGCUGGACGGGCCAGAGGCAGGAAUGGUCGGCUAUGACCCCGGAGCAGACGACAGGAACAUCUCUAAGUCGGAGGUGGCCGUGGCUGGCUCCUUGUCGGGGCUCGUCACUCGGGCACUGAUCAGUCCCUUGGAUGUCAUCAAAAUCCGUUUCCAGCUUCAGAUCGAGCGCCUGUCUCACAGUGACCCUGGCGCAAAGUACCAUGGGAUCGUGCAGGCCACCAGGCGCAUUUGGCAGGACGAGGGCCCAAGAGCCUUCUGGAAAGGACACGUGCCCGCCCAGCUGCUCUCCAUCGGCUAUGGAGCCGUCCAGUUCUUGUCGUUCGAGCUGCUGACAGAGCUGGUCCACAGAGCCACCGCCCAUGAUCCCCGCGAGUUCUCCGUGCACUUCGUGUGUGGCGGCCUGUCUGCCUGCACGGCCACCCUCGCAGUGCACCCCGUGGACGUUCUGCGCACACGCUUUGCAGCCCAGGGGGAGCCCCGGGUGUACAAGACCUUGAGAGAUGCGGUGGUCACCAUGCGCAGGACAGAAGGCCCCUUGGCCUUCUACAAAGGCUUGACCCCGACGCUCAUUGCCAUCUUCCCUUACGCCGGCUUCCAGUUCUCCUGCUACAGUGCCUUGAAGUCGGCCUCUGAGUGGGUCAUGCCGGCCAAUGGCAAGCAGAACGAGAACCUCAGAAACCUGCUCUGUGGCUGCGGAGCCGGCGUCGUCAGCAAGACUCUGACCUACCCCCUGGACCUCUUCAAGAAGCGCCUGCAGGUCGGAGGCUUCGAGAGGGCCCGAGCCAGCUUCGGCCAGGUGCGGUGCUACAGAGGCCUCCUGGACUGCAUGCGGCAGGUGCUGCGAGAGGAGGGGGGCCCGGGCUGCUUCAAGGGCCUGUCCCCCAGCCUGCUGAAGGCCGCCCUCUCCACAGGCUUGGUGUUCUUCUGGUAUGAGCUCUUCUGCAGCUUCUUCCACUGCAUGAAGAAGGCAGACGGCUAGUCUCCACUCCGAAUCUGGGAGGGUCCCCCGGAAAGGCAGGCGCCACCCCUGGUCUCACAUUGCAAUGCCAACGGCUGCCUGGUCCCUCUCUCCAGAGCAGCCACCCGUGAAUCUUCCCAGCGCUGCCAGGUCAAGGCUUGGGAGGACAGCGGGAUGUCGGGGUGAGGGUUGCUGGGGGGGCAGUCACACCAGGAUGGAGCUAAGGGUUGUUGCUUCUCCUUGC